UUGCGUUUCUUUAUGCAUUUGUACCGAUUGUCUGCGAAGAUUCACCACUAUCUUUUAUUCCGGAAAUUCCUCUUAACGAUGGUCACUCCGACUUUUUACGCUCUCGCACUGACAUACCGCGCUUUUUCCUAUUUCCGUUUGAAUUUUUAAAGUAAAUCACCUGCAAUAACAAGGAGAGGCGGUUUUCCUGUUCCGGAAGUUACCAAGUACUACUCUCGCCGAUUCCUCGCUCGAAGUCUGCAAUCAUCGUUCGAUCGCAGCAACUUUUUCCUGCAUUUCUGAGCACUUUGACGAAAAUACACGUCUAGCGUUCGCGAUUGGUCAGCGACUGUUAAAGUGGGGCCAUAUCCGAGAUUCAUGUUAAUAUCCAAAAGCUCAUCCUUCGGCGAGCGCGUAGCGAUCGUACGUAGCUUCGAGCACUUGUAGUUGGAACUUGUGCGAAACGGAAGUGACGCGAUGAUACCGACCAGCACCGUUAGUCGACCGGUUGAAAUCGGCCUGCGUCUCACUGGGAUUUGGCCGAAUUCUUCUAUUUUCUUUAGACUACUUUGGUCGAUUGUGAUGGGAACAGGGCUGAUCUUCCAGUAUCGAUAUCUCUUGACGCACUUCAGCAUUGAAGAGCUGCCGAAUCUAAUAGACGGUUUAAGCACUACUUUACCGUACACUCUUCUAUUUUUCAAGCUAAUUAUCCUGUGGAUUAAUAAUCGAAUUUUUAAUGAUAUUCUGAGGACGAUGUCCAACGACUGGUACGAAUAUUCCAGCAUAUACACAAUGAUCGACAAAGCGAACCUCUCACAUCGUUAUUCAAAACUGGUGAUCGGUGUUUACUCAACGGCGGUUUUACUUUACAGUAUCGCAACCAUCGAUUUUCGCAAGCCGAUCAAUGACGAUUGUCGGCAGUUGCUUAUAAAAAUGGAAUUACCUUUUGUUUUUUGCGAAUCGCCGAUCUACGAGUUCGUGGCGUGCGUCCAAUUUGUUCAUUUAAUGGUAGUUGCCUCUACUAUUGGUAUGCUCGAUGCAUUAAUCGUUACUUUGAUGAUGCACAUUGGUGGGCAAAUAGAUAUUAUGCAACAGCAGAUAAGAGAGAUUUGUCCUAAGGAUAAUGAAUAUGAUUUAUCUAUUACUAUUGUGAGAUCUUUAAUCAAAAAACAUCAUAAAAUUAUCGCUUUUUCGGACAACAUUGAGAGUCUUUUCUCCUCUAUCGCGUUGAUGCAAUUUGUGUCAAAUACGAUGAUCAUAUGUUGCAUUGGAUUUCUCGUAGCAACUUCAUUAGGCACAAAUGAAGGCGUCAGAAUGUUGAUAAAGACUGCAUUUUUCUACAUCGCUAUCGUUUUGGAGGCAUUUAUUUUUUGUUUCUCCGGCGAAUAUCUCAGCAAUAAAAGCAGAACAAUCGGUGAUGCGACAUAUGAAUCGCUUUGGUACGCUCUCAAGCCCCGAGAUAGCCGUAUUCUGCUGUUUGUGAUAAUGAGAUCGCAGACGCGGCUGACGAUCACUGCGGGGAAAUUUAUGGAUUUAUCAUUAGAAGGAUUCACAAGCAGUUUGAAAGCUUCUGCGUCGUAUAUAUCUGUUUUAUACGCAAUGUAUUGAUGCCG